AUGUCUUCAUUACCCCCGCGCUCCUCAUCCGCACCUUAUUACGGUUCAAGGGCCAAUCUGUCAAGAAGACCCAGCGGUGCGGGAUAUCCGCCAUCGAAAUCUCCAUCCUUUCAGUAUAUUCCUGGCGAUCACAGUGUUCGAUCUGCCAGUUUGACUUCCAUCGUGGACAUGUAUCACGGCAGGACCCCAGACGAUGCCACGCAACCUCUCCGUUCACCAAGCUCGUUUUACUACGAUUAUACUGAAGAGUUUGACAAAGGAUUCCCGUGCGAAUUUGAGUAUGCGUCCACAAUUGGCUCUCCUCAAGGACAUACUAUUGGCAUAUUGAGGAGAGAUGACAUGGAGGAAACAGAUGCGGCGUUCCCGGCCAGCUUCCAAGCCCAGUGCAGCUCUCCCGUACUAUCUAUCGAUACGAGCGAAGACGACUGGGUUUGGGAAGGUAGCCAAAAAGAGAAGGGUUCUAGUGGACAUGACACGGUUCGGGAAAAUCCUCCUCCUAUUCCACCAAAGACGGAAGCUCGAUGCCCUGACAAACCUUCGUUCCAUAUGGGAAACGAAGCGGUCUCUAUGAAACCAAAGCUCCAUGGCGCGCAUCAUCGCCGAACCCCCGCCAACGCAAACAUUAAGAUCCCGAAUAAGAACGAUAUGGCCUUACCGAAGCAAGACGUGCCCCAGGAAGUGCCAAAAGCAGAUAUAGGCGCUGGGAUCCUUUCACCUAACCCAGUCUCACCAGCACAUCAGUUGAGAGUCACGAACAGUAUUCCGCAGUUGAUGAAGGCUCUGCCACCGUUACCUGAUGAAGCACAAUACAAUUCCGAUCUCCAAUGUUGGAGCUCAUCUAGACAUACCACAGCCCACGCAUAUAAGAUGUAUGCCAGCAGUCCUGCUAAUAAUGCUAUUCGCCUGGAGUCUAAAGUAGGUGUGGAUACGAUGUCUUCAAAACCAGUAUCAAGAACAAAAGACUCGACAAAGCCAGCUUACCAUCCAACCCUGUCCAAUCCCUCUCGGUUCAAAGUUCGUCUAAGCUCGUCUCAGUCAGGGCUUCAGAGCAAAUGGAGCCUUGAUUCUCCGGGCAUUCCUGAGAGAAGCUCCAGUAAUCCUAUCAAGCCAAGACUCAGACUCAAAGUGUCUCGAAGUCGAAUGAGCAAUAAGCUAAUGGGCCCUGAUGGAACAAAUGUGCGCAACAGCCCUCUCAAGCAGUACAGCUCUCUCCUAGAGUUGAAGAACUUUCCUCAUAGAGAUGCUUUUACAGAUCGAUCCAGCUUUAGAGAAGCACUGGAAGAGCAACUCGCCCAAUUUGGUGUUGAUAAGCGACUAUCUAAUAUCGACGAAGGAACUAUCCGAGGACCUUCACGGCAGUUGUCUGACCAGUUUGAUAUUCCUUAUCCCCCUUCAACUAAGGCCCAUGAGGAACAAGUCGUCUUUUCUUCGACACCGGGCUUCGCCGACGAACAUACGGAAAAGGCCAAGGGGCCCAGCCAACCUCAGCGACCCUACACCAUUACGGUCUGA